AUGGAGAGGAGUGGGCGCACGCGAUGGAGAGGAGCGGGGUCGGCUAGGAGGAAGAGAAAUGCGUUCUCAACAGGCCGCUGCCGGUCAUGGAGGGAGCGAGUGACGCACACGAUGGAGAGGAGCAGGUGCACGCGAUGGAGAGGAGCGGGGUCGGCUAGGAGGAAGAGAAAUGCGUUCUCAACAGGCCGCUGCCGGUCAUGGAGGGAACGGGCCGCGCAGAGCCAUGAGGGGGAACGGGCCGCGCAGCUCCACAGGCCCAGGGAGGCGUGUCCGAACGGGAUGGUCACCCGUAUCCAAUCAUUAGCAAACACAGGCUCUCUCGCCUGGUUAACGAGUCCCAACAGAACACAAACGAAGGGACGAGAACAAAUCAGAGCAGCAUCGACGGAGAGACCAGAGCGAUCGAUCAUCCAGCCAGCCAGCAGCCAGGGGGAGCCGGGGAGGCGAAUGGCGGCGGCGGCGCCGUACCGGCGGGCACUCCCGUCGCCUCCGGCGGUGGACUUCACCUCGGCGGACGGCAAGCGACUCUUCUCGGAGGCACUGGAGGGCGGCACCAUGGAGGGCUUCUUCGGCCUCGCCUCCUGCUUCCAGACGCAGUCGGAGCCGGCCUUCUGCGGCCUCGCCUCCCUCGCCGUCGUCCUCAACCCUCGCCAUCGACCCGGGCCCGGCGGGGGCGGCGCCCUGGCGGUGCCCCUCGACGCGGUCAAGGCCAACGGCAUCACCUUCGGCAAGGUCGCCUGCCUCGCGCACUGCGCCGGCGCUAAGGUCCAGCCCUUCCGCGCCCACCAGGUCACCGUCGAUGACCUCCGCCGCCACCUCGUCCGCUGCGCCUCCUCGACGGAUUGCCAUCUCAUCGCUUCCUACAACAGGAGGCAUUUCAAACAGACCGGAACCGGGCAUUUCUCCCCAAUCGGUGGCUACCACGCUGGACAGGAUAUGGCGCUCAUCCUGGAUGUCGCCCGCUUCAAAUACCCUCCUCAUUGGGUUCCACUGCCACUUCUUUGGGAAGCUAUGAACACGACGGAUGAAUCAACUGGACUUCUCAGGGGGUUCAUGCUUGUGUCAAGGCACAGUGCAGAUCCUUCAUCGCUUUACACAGUGGUAAAAAAUGCUGAUGCUCGCUCUGUUGAAUCUAAUGCUGGAUCUUUUAUCAAAUGGGUUGUUGAAGUUAGGAGAAAAGAGGAAGGUGGGCAAUGCUUAAGCAAAGAGGAGAAAGAAAGGCUUUUAGUGAAGGAAAAUGUAUUACAGCAAGUGCGUGAUACCAGGCUAUUUAUGAUAGUCCAUGACCUGCAAUGUGCUAGUAUCCAAUUAUGUACUUGUUCACCAUCAAGUGAAGAUUCUGUUACUAGGAUUGCAGCCUCUGUGUGCUGUCAAGGAGCAGCAAUGCUUUCAAGGAACCUUGCAUCAAGUGACGGUUUCUGCUGCAGUGAAACAUGUUUCAAAUGUGUUCCAGCGAAUGGUGAUGGGCCUAAGACUGCUAUCUCAGGCUUUGUGGUAUCUGAAGGCAAUGAACAGGGUGUUGAUAUGCUUUUACCAAUGUCCCAUCACAGCAGGAGUUCGUACAAUUCAAGCACGAGAGAUGAAAACAUUAAAUAUCCAUCAAGUGCAGAUGUUUUAACUGUUCUGCUGCUGGCUUUGCAUCCUGGCACAUGGUCGGGCAUCAUAGAUGAGAGGCUGAAAGCUGAAUUUCAGACCCUUGUUUCAACAGAUGAUCUACCUGAUGUUCUUAAACGGGAGCAAUAUUAUUUGUUCAAGGCGGCCUUCAGCUGCAACCCAAAGCGAGGGCAUGACCAGAUCGUGGUAGGACAGAUAUCAACCUCUCUGUACCACCAUCCCCUUAGGCCUUAG